AAUGCAAAGUAGUAUUGAAACUGAUUCUACACUUAAACCAAAGUAUGAAAUCUCUCAAUUAAGAAUGGUUUUCAGACAGUUUUAUGGUCCGAAUCAUCCAGUUAAUGGUGGUUAUUUUUCUGGAGAUAAUUGUCAAUCAUAUCUAAAGUUCAACUUUGGUAGGAUAGUCAAAAUGAAAAGAAUAAAGAUAGAAGGUGCUGGAAGAUCAGGAGAUUCAUGGAUAAAAUACUUUUAUAUAUAUAUGAGCAACAAUUCAGAUUCACUGGACACUGUACGAACAAUGGAUGGAAGUCGUCAUAAAUUUCGUGGAAAUUUCAACAAAAUAACAGUUACUCAAAAUUCAUUUAAUCCUCCAAUAAUAGCUCAAUACUUGAAAUUUUUGUCAGAAUCUUGCGAAAAAGCAUUCUCUGUUCGAUUGGAAAUUUAUGGUUGUAAUAUAACUAAAACAUACAUUGAUCGUACAAAACCUCUUGGUUUAACAAAUUUUUAUAUAUUACAUUCUCAAAUGAUAAAUAGAGAAUUGGACAAUUUGGAAUAUGGAAUACAUGAGAUUAGGCUUAGUUGUGAAUCAGAUUUUCAAAAUAGAGGCUAUUACUUUGCCAAAUCAAUGUGGCAGUUUGAUCUUGGAAUAAAGCAUAAUAUAGUGAAAAUUUUUUUGCGAGGUUCCUGCGUAUCUGAGAAUCACAUGAAGAGUUUUCAGGUAAAAUAUACUGAUGAUCCUUUGAAAUGGUUUGAUGAUAAGGCAGCAAAUGGACAAAUUAGAAAGUAUUUUGCUCAAGAUAAAAAUAUCCUCUCAGAAGUACAAUUUUAUGAGACAAUUACUGCUCGUUACAUAAGAUUUACACCAUUUAGUGCUGCUGCAGAUAUUAGAAUGGAAUUGUAUGGCUAUCCCUGGGAACAUCCGAAAUUGAUGAAAACCAAAAAAUUCCCUAAAACAACUACUGCAUCAUCAGAGAAAAGUUCAAUUAAUUCUCCUGAAAUGGCAUUAAAUACAAAACAAACAUUUUGGUGUAAAGAAGACAAUGAUUUAAAUGGUUGGUGGUCAGCUGAUCUAGGCUUAAUAUACUACAUAGAGAGGAUUAUCAUUUUCUAUAGAGAAAACCUGUCGAGAGAUGUUUGUAGUGAUAUUUCAGUGUUUGGAUCUCAGAAUAAUGGAACAAAUUUAAUAAAAGUAGAUCAGGAAAUAGCAUGUUCAUUUGAAGAUAAUCAGACAGCAAUCUAUUCAUCACCAGCCUUACGGUUUAGAUAUAUUCGUCUAGACUUUAAAAAUGGACCAAAAGAAUGCAUUAGAUUUGAAUUAUAUGGUAAAAAAGCACCAAUAUGUCCUCCAGGCUCUCUAAGACAUUUAGACAAGUGUUACAUGAUUUCUGAAAUGGUAACAUCAUUUGAGAAGGCCUUAAAAUUCUGUCAAUCAGGAUUUUAUUGGAAAAGUGAAGGUUUUCUUGUAAUGCCAAAGAAUACAUUUGAAACAGAUUUUGUUAAAAGACAUUAUAAAUUACAAAAGCUAAAUCAUGGAAUUUACAUUGGUGUUAAGCAAAUUUCAUUAAAUAACUUUGUCUGGCUGGAUGGAACACCUGUAACAAACUAUUUACUUUUUGAAAGCAACUUCUCUCCACAUAUUUCCUAUCCUUGCUUAAUAAGGAGAGAUUUCUUUAAGAAGAGUAAAUGUCAGGAAAAUGGUUACGCAAUGUGUGAAACAAAAGCAAACUUACCAGAUAAUUUGGAUGAUUUUAAUGAUGAAGAGAAAUGUCAGCCUACAUGGUUUCUAAUGCCACAUCAUAGGUUGGACAUUCAACUUUCCAUUGGUGUUCUCGAUGUAACAAGUAUGGGAAAUUGUUUAGCCUAUUGUCUGUCUCACAAGACUU